GUCAGAAUCACGAACGGCCCAGACUUGGCCCAAUUUUUAUACCCUUCAUAAUAUCAUUAGCAAUUUAGCAUCGCUAGAUCGCUCUAGAAAUUGCUCUCUAGGGUUUUGCAAGGGUUUUGAGUUUUGAGAGGACACACGCAAAAAAGAAAGGUUUAUUUAAUGGGGACAACAGAUAAAGAUUUGAGCCUGUAUGAUGAGAAGCCUUUGCAAGAUAAUGAAAUGGAUGAUAUGGCAUAUGAAUCUGAGUCCGAAUCAGAGGAAGAAGAUGCAAAGUUGUCUAUACCUUCACAGAAUGCCAUAUACAACAGAGAUGGUCUCAAUGACAAACUUCAAGAUAUUAGCUGGCCAGAAAAUGUGGGAUGGAUACACAAGCUUUCUGUUGACAUUGAUCAAGAACAAGAAGUGGAUGUGAAUGAUGACCUGGCACGAGAGUUGGCUUUUUACACACAAGCAUUGGGGGGAACAAGGCAGGCCUUUGAGAAGCUUGAGUCAAUGGGGCUUCCUUUUCUGAGGCCUCCUGAUUAUUAUGCUGAAAUGGUGAAAUCAGAUGCUCACAUGGAGAAGGUGAAGGGUCGGCUUUUGGCUGAGAAGAGAAACAUUGAAGAGUCUGAGGAAAGAAGGAAGGCUAGAGAAGCAAAGAGGCUUGCUAAAGAGGUUCAGACGCAAAAACUGAAAGAGAGAGCUAUGCAGAAGAAAAUGGAGAUAGAGACUGUUAAGAAGUGGAGGAAGCAAAGGCAGCAAAGUGGUUUUGCCAGAGGCGAUAAAGAUGGUGAAAUGAAUUUGUCCUUUGAGGAUGGGAACGUAUUUGAAAGGCCAAGCAAGAAGAGGCCAGGGGUAUCUCCAGGAGAUCGGUCUGGAGGGAAAGCAAAACAAGAUUGGAAAAAGGGAGGCAAAAAAAGACUGGAGAAGCAACAGAUGAAAAGGGAAGCAAGGAACUCCAAAUUUGGAUUUGGUGGGAGGAAAGGCUUGAAGAAGCAGAACACAGGUGAUACUACUGACAAUUUGAGAGGCUACAACAACGGUGGUGCUCCAGGAAAUAAGAAAAGGAAGAGGUGAUAUGCUAGCCUGUGGCUUUGCUUUAUGCAAGACUUAGAAUGAACUAAUUGUGUUUCAACCAUCUUGGAAUUUUACUAUACUAUUUAUUUACAUUAUUUUUGUUAGGGCUUGUAAUAGCUUUGAUCUCCUCUGUUUCUAAAUCAUGUAAACUUUAAGCUGAUGGCAUUCUGUGCUACUGGCAUUUGGUCCUGAAGUGACGAUAUCUGUUUCCUUUCUGGGUUUAUUUACAGCAUCCAGAAAACAUUGUUCUUGCUAA